CUUAUUAAAUAGGCUCAGGUAUGUAUAGAGUUGCCAUGUAAAUAGCUUGCUUGAAGAAAAUUAGAAGAAGACUGUUGACGAUGACAGCCUCUCAAGUAGACGAGUAUCGCAAAUUGCGCAAUCGCAUCGAAGAAUGGAACAAGACUCGCCUAGCGCUGUUUGAACUGUCUCUACCCAAUGAGAACUUGGAGUUCUUCGGAGUGAUGCGUUUCUACCUGAUGGACCAGAAGGAAGAAGUUCAAACCAAGUGUCUGAGAAUAUCAAGCAGUGCAACAACUCAAGAUGUGGUGGACGCUCUGGUUGAUAAGUUCCAUGCAGACCUCAGGAAUCUCACAGGACCAUCUGAAGAGGUCAACCCAGAGACAUACUCCUUGUAUGAAGUGUUGCAAACUGGCGAGAGGAGACUGAAGCUGGACGAGUAUCCACUGGUUGUGCAGUUGAAUUGGACAGAAGACUGCAGAGAAGGUCGUUUUCUCCUGAAGGCCAACAGUUCUCUAAUUCUGGGAUCCAACUCAACAUUGAAUGGAUCUAGCAGCUCGAAGUUGGACGGCGGUGGCAAAAAGAAGAAGAAAGACAGUGCAAGUGGUGGACUGACUCCAUCGGCAUCUGUGAAGAGUUCUCUAUCAGAAAAGCUGUUUGCGAAAAAGCCAGAAACAUCUUUCACCAAAAGUAUCUGUGACAAGGAUGCGGCCAUGCAGCAGAAACGAAAGGAGAAAGUGGAACAGAAGAUGCAGGACUUCACAAACGCAGACGGAGGACCAGAUUCAGGAGGUCCCAUGAAGAUCUAUGGAUUCAGAAUCAAGGAAGAGUUUAACUACAAGUCCAUUCUGGCUGGUUGUAGAGAUACUGCAUUGACCAUUGUGGAACAAGCGCUGAAGAAGUUUGACAUCGCCACCUCCGAUCCCAACUUGUACUGUCUAGUCCAGGUGGUGGUUCCGAGUGGAGAGCGAGAGAGUGGCUACCAGAGCGGGAGAGUGAGGUGGAGGGAGAGAUUCGUGGAUGAUCACGAGGUUCCAUGGCACAACUUCACCACCUUUCCUAAACAAAAAGGAUCCCUAAUGUUUCUUCUGGUGCAGAGACCUCCGGAAAGAAUGAGACAGAAAUCCGCGUCCUCUCAUCGUGACCCUAACGUGUCAGGAAUGAGUGGCCACGGCAAUCGUCAUUCCCAGAGCAGAAUGUCUUCCAGCAGUAGUAUAUCGGCCAACAACCCUGGUGGAAGACCCAGAGACAUCCAGGUUCCAAUUCCAGGACCAAUAUCGCCGCAGAUAAAACAACCACCGUAUCUAAUCGCAAUACCAACCGGAGAUCCUAGGAGUGAGGUGUCCAAAUUUGAUCUAAUUUCUGACACAGUGGAAAUCGGAGCGGAUCCCAAAACACGCUAUGUUGGAGGACAAUUCAUUCAGUUAUAUGGACCGGGAAUCAGGCCGCAUCACUGCAUUUUGGCUCAAUCGGAUCCCCAAUCCUGGACUAUUUCCCCCUCGGACAAUAACUCAGAGCUAUUCGUGAACGGACAUGACAUCUCAGAAACAGUCCUCCUUCCUCCGGGAGCUGUCAUUCAGAUUGGUCGCAACUCUCAGUUCCAAUUUGUUCCCUCGGAGUAUCUGAACAGAGCCCAGAAAAGCAAUAUCCCAGGUCAAAAUGUACCAAUAAGUAAUCAAACGGGUCCCGGAUCUAACGGUUUGGGGCAUGCUGUAGGAAUGGAUGGAAGGUCAGGUCCGAUGUCUGAACAAAGUUGGGGAUCUCCGGAAGCUCUGGGGCCUCUGCGAGUUGAGGGAGACUUGAACGUAUCAGUUCCUGCGAUGGCGUCGCCUGUCUCGUCUGACCAAAUCCCACACAUCGAAUUGGGACAUGAUCCCAAUUUCAAUUUCGCAGCGUGUGUGGACAGUGGGGAGACUAGUGCAAUAAAUGACGAUGACCUUCCGGGGGCGAUUGAGUUCGUGGACGAGGUGGAGGAAGAGUUGCUACACUAUGCAGUCACCAGAUUCGACGAAGUCAUGACCAUGUUCAAAGUGGCACCCGCUUUCCUAUUUUACAUGUGCUCCAGGUUCCGCAUUUCGGCCAAGUACAGUCCAUCGAUAGUGUUCCGUGUGAGAAAAGUGCAGUCUCUUCUCUCCGCAGUCAGCCACAGCAUAGCAAAUGUGCUUCAGACACGUGGUGCUGUUGCUUGUGGCGUUGCAGUGUGGAUGGCCAACUGCACUGAACUGCACCACUUCCUCCAUCAGGACACAGUCCUAUUUCAGUACACUGUCUCUGCCCAGCAACAUCUCUUUCAACUCACCCGACUGUGUCUGAGGACAUUUGUGAAGCUGGUGUUGCAGGAGAUGGACUGUUGUAUUGGCGCUUUCUUCGACUCCUCAGACAGAGAUAGAAAUACUCCGCCGGAAGUUGACCGUGAGAUUGACCCUUCGCGCUCGACACAUUACCUCAACAGAUGGAUCACCUCAGACAUAGUUGGCACUCGCAAUGAGGCACCAGAAAUAACCCAUGCGAUUGAGAUUCUGGCGUCUGCGUGGGUGCUGUUGAGGAAGUGCAGAGUGAAUGCGGCGCUGAAUCUGCAGAUAUUCACUUCCAUCUUGAGAUACGUCGCAACCUUCAUCUUCAACGCUUUACUGAAUACGCAACACCUGUGCUCUGUGGCUUGGGGAGAGAGGAUCUCGCGAAGACUGAGUCGAAUUGAGUCCUGGGCAGGAAGGGAGGGACUUGAAUUAGCAGCCGAAAAGGAAUUCACUAAACUGAAACACGCUUUAUCUGUCUUGCGAUGUGCAACGAAGUUCUCAAAAAGUGACGCGGAGUCUCUUGUUACGCAAUGCAAUUCCCUAAACUCCCUUCAAAUCCACAAACUGCUCGAGAAUGCCUCCAAAAGCGGCAGCCAAGUCCAGAUGUCAUCUCGCCCAGACAUGAGUCCAGAGUUCAUGGGCUGGUGUAUCGGCUUUGCCAGAGAUAAAGUGGACUCUAAACUGCAGAGAAAUAAUAAACAGGUUCUGCUUGAUGAAGACCUUCAAUCUAGAGCACUUUUCCGAAUGCCAGAUGACGGAUUCGCCACAGACAACGUGCUCGGCCUUUCUCAAGCAUUCGAGAAGUUCCUCAAUCCGUUGAUGGACAACAAAAUAGCCUACAUCUCAGUGCUACCAGAUCCCUCCCAGAGAUGGGACGUGUACCUCUACCCUGACCACAUCGAUCCAUUCAACCAACAACAACAGCCAUCCUUGCCUUCUAAAGACGCCCACCCUAAUAAUCUAUCCCUUUACGACGAUCCAAGUAAUCCCCGAGCUCUGCCGCCUAUGGCACCGAGUCAGAAUCCGAAGCAAAAUGGAAUUCCGAAGCGCGAAGAGGAGAAAGAAAGGAGGCCUAGUGGCAAACUUGUGGUGGAGUUGAAAAAGUUAAACAACAGUUUGGGACUGAGUAUUGUAUCCCAGCAGAUGGGACCUGAACGUGCAAUAUUAGUGAAGUCAGUCAUGCCUGGAGGAGCUGCAGAUAGGGACGGUCGUGUCACUGCGGGUGACCAGAUAGUGCAAGUGGACCAGCACAGUCUCCGGAACCUGACGAGAGAAGAUGCUGCCCGAAUAUUAACCCAAACAGGACAGACAGUCAGACUGCAUGUGGUGAAGACAACUUACCCAACUCAACAGCAGAUCCCUUCGCAGAUGCAGCCGCCUAAUAUCACCAGAGAGUCGCAGCCUUCCAACAGAGGUAUUCGCGACGCCUCAGCAGGCAGGACUAAGUCGUCAUACGAGCCAUUCCAAGGCCAGCCUCAAAAUGGAAACAUCAGACGCAGAGGAUCAUUUGAUAACUCGCAACCGAAUCGAGUGGAUAACAUUCAAGUCAACCACCCUUAUUCGACCAUUAAUGACGCCCAGAAAUUAGCCGAAAACCGACGACAAGGUGGCCCCGGAAUUGAUGACAAAAGUCAGAAAGUUAUGGACUACGCAGCCGCUACUCUCCCACGAGGCGGAAGAUACAUUCAGAAAAGUAACGACAACCCACGAGUUAAUGAGGUUCCGAACGGGAAGUACAACUCAAUGGAACGUCGACGUCGUGUUAAUAACGGAAUUUCCGAUAACCAGGCCACUCAUAGCUCUCAAAGAAGUCGAGAUGUAUCAGUUGGAGACCGAAAUACAGGUAAUCGUAACGCAAAUAUGAUUCAAGCUGAAGUAAACCCAAUAUUGAAUACGCCUCCUCAGAACGGGAACCAAGUUCAUAAUCCGAGUUUUCCGAAUGGAGGAUUUAAACGCAGGCAGGAGAGUGAAACAUCGACUGUAGCUGCAUCGUAUAACCCAAGUCGAGCAAACCAACAGAAGUUCCCAAGACCAUACCAGAUUCAACCGGAUUCGCAUAGACAUACAGGAAGCUCCAUUUCGCAAGGAGAAAUGAGAGGAAGUGGAGAUAAUUUCCCGGAACCGCCGCUAAGUUGGCGUCAAGAGCAAUUAAUGAAUUCGUACGAAGAAGGAGAAAAUAGGAGAGUGAACCAAAAUAAUCGUGGUGUUCCGGGGGAUACUUCGGGGACAGAUUUAAGAGCAGUGAAUGCAACUUCGUCUCUGAGUAUGUCUUCGUCGUCGCCUUCGCACCCGAAUACGAGCUCGGACAACAGCUCGUGGCGCUCGGAUGUGCUGAACUCGAAGUCGCCGCCUUUACCGCUGCAGACGACGCAGCAAGCAAGAAUGAAUGAAGAUCAGAUAAGAUACGAACAACUGGUGCACUCAGUUGGUGAAUUGGAAGCGAGACAGUCUGAAUUGACGGUUGAAGAAAGGAAACGCUUGGAUAGGCAAAGACUAGACCUGGAGUUCAACAGGAGACUAAUGGAGGAGUCUAAAAAAUCCAGCUCCAUAGGGUCUGGUCAGAUGAGAGGCAGGACUGGAGGGGUUGCAGCAGGAAGGGAAGACUCGGAGGAUGUGGCAUACGCUAGAGCAUACAGCAAAUCUGCAGCCGAACAAGUGCAUUCGGACAUCUCGAAGACCAACUCUCUUAUGCAAGAAGCUCAGAUGAACUUUGAAGCGAAGGCGUUGAGUAGUGAACAGAACAGGAACCUACUCGCUCAGGCUAAGUUGAGAGACUUGACUGUUGAGAUUCAGGAGAACAAGCAGAGAGCGGCAGAUAUAGAAGCCAUGUCAUCGGUGCCAAGGGACGAUGAUGGACUUCAACAGCAGAACACUAGUGAAACUAGAAGGCAAGAGGGAGUGUCUGGUAUGGCAGCUAAGACUGCGAAUGAGAACCAGUUCCAGUACCUGGAGGAACAGAAACAGAGAUACCUGCAGAGGAGACAAGAAAUGGAGAGUUACCAGUUGGAGAAGGAGAUGGAGAGGGAGAAGGAGAGACAGAGGAGAGUUGAGGAGAUGAGGUGGCAGAGGGAACUGGAGAGACUCCAGAUGAGGAACCUCAACCUUAACACUACUCAGCCCAACAGUCCGCCCCCGCCGCUUCAUGCGCAGAACAAAACUACUGGCUCGAGUAUGACCCCUCUAAGACCUCCACCUCCAUCUUUGUCCCAGCAAUUUGACUCUCCAAACCUCACCUACUCUGAACACAGGCCUAACACAGAAUCAGACUCCCUGCGAUCCAAUCCUUCAAAUAGUCUUCUGGACAGCUCACUAAGUGAGAACGCGCAGAACAAACCUAGACCUCCAGUUCCUCCCAAACCUAAGCCCGGUUCAAGUUCGCCAGGAAAUAGCACGGAUGAGAAUAGCCCAAUGUCAUCGAUGAAUCGAGGCGACUCGACAUCAAGAGAACAUUUGUCGGGUCCUUCGGGUUUCCGAGAGUACUGGCAAAAACAGCCUCAACAGCAGCCAAGUAGGACCAGUCAAAAACCGACAGCAUCGUUCGACUCAAAUAUGACGCCAGAGGAGCGAAUGAGAUUGUACAGACAACAGUUACAGUUCAAAUAAACUGAAUACUUGUGAACUUCAUAAAUAAUCAAGCAAUGAAAAGUUAAGUAAUCAAGCAAUGAAAAGUAGAAGAGCUUGGAAUAGUUGUAACCGCGUGUUAUGAUUUGAUAUUUUUUUAGACAGCGUUUCAACCUCUUCCCAUAAUGUAUAUCUUCCAAUUUCAUACAUUUGAAUUGGUAAGGGUUUCAAAAGGCGAUUGUGUCAGUGAAGUUUUAAACGAGUUAGCGCUUCAAUAAUAACGUAUGAGCUGUUGCAGGCGCAGGAAUAACCAGCAAAUACAUGAUAAUCUUUUCUUAAAUUACCAAAUGUUUGUUUCUAAAUUUUCUGUACAUAAUCCUUCGUUUUAUGUUAAUCCGUUUUUAAACGCAGCCAUGUAAAAUUUGAUAUUUUUGACACGAAUAUGAGCAGUUUUAUGUUCACGCGUAUCAUCAUUCGUAGAUUGAAGCGAACAGCCUUCUUUUAGCAUAUCAUGAUAACUUUUCUGUAUUUGAAAUGAAGUUUAGAUUUACAACCUUGUUUCUUUGGGUUCUAUCUUUUGAAGAUCUCAAUCAAAAAGUUCAAAGUAAGUUUCAUUUGAAACUUUCUGCUGAUUUGUGUUCCAAAAAUUGUUUUCAAUAUAUACUUUUUAAAAACAUAAAUUUACUUUUUGAUUGAAAUGGUAUUGAAAGUUUUCAUUUUAGAUGUAUUCUAGCUGCUAUUUAUGAUGAAAUAUGAUAUCACUGAUAGCUAUAAUGUACUAUCAUCAUCUUAGUUGCCAACUUUGCGCUUAACCAAAUGUUACCAUAUCAUCUUUACUCUGCAAUUUCUAAUAAAUAUCGAAAUAUCGACCAAUUACAGAAUCUUGAAUUUCGGUUUGGACUCAUAGAUUAAUUAUUUGGAUUCAUACAUAACCACUCGUUAGAAUCAAAAAAGUAAUAAUAUCAUCGCACUUAGUUCGUCUUUUUGUUUGUUGGGACUAAUAAAAUUAAUCGCCCAAUAUCGACUAUUUGUCAGAUUUCUUAUUGCUCAAUAAACUCUCUAUACUCUGC